GGCCCGAGCCGGGGGAGCGGAGCGGAGCAGCCAUGGGCCGCCGCCCGCCGCGGCGCUGAGCCGCCCCCGCCGCCCCGCGCUCCGCGGCCGGCGCUGCCCCUUCGCCCCUGCCGGGCGGGGCGCUUGUCCCUGGGGGCGCCGCGGCCGCCGCCGGGGGCCCGCGAUGUGACCAUGGACAGCAGGUUCAAGGAAAAUCCAGAACGUACCUUUGAUUUGGUACUGAAAGUAAAAUGCCAAACUUCAGAAAACGAAGAUCCAGUGGUACUGUGGAAGUUCCCGGAGGACUUUGGAGACCAGGAAGUGCUGAACAGCGUUCCAAAGUUCUGCUUUCCCUUUGACGUUGAAAGGGUAUCCCAAAACCAAGUAGGACAGCAUUUCACCUUUGUUCUCACCGACAUUGAAAGUAAGCAAAGGUUUGGAUUCUGCCGUUUGACGUCAGGAGGCAAGGUCUGCCUCUGCAUUCUAAGCUACCUACCAUGGUUUGAGGUAUACUACAAGCUCCUAAAUACCCUGGCAGAUUAUUUGGCUAAAGAACAGGAAAAUGACUCAAAUGAUUUGUUGAAAUCAUUGUAUAGCCAUCCUGUGCCAAAGGCGAAUGCUUUAGUCAGUUUAAGUGUGAACCAAGAGAUGAUUUUUGCAAGUGAGCAAGUUUUGAAAAAACAGCCUUGUCUUGUAUCGCACUCAUAUUUCAUUACUCCUGAUAUAACUGGAUUGCCAACUAUCCCUGAAAGUAGAAACCUCACUGAAUAUUUUGUUGCUGUGGAUGUGAACAACAUGCUGCAACUUUAUGCCAGUAUGUUGCAUGAGAGACGAAUCAUUAUUACCUCCAGCAAACUAAGCACUUUAACUGCUUGUGUUCAUGCGUCAGCUGCAUUGUUAUAUCCAAUGUAUUGGCAACAUAUUUACAUCCCAGUGCUUCCUCCACAUCUUCUGGACUACUGCUGUGCACCAAUGCCUUAUCUAAUUGGCGUCCACUUAAGCUUGAUAGAGAGAGUAAAAAAUAGAUCACUGGAGGAUGUGGUUUUACUAAAUGUUGACACAAACACUCUAGAAACCCCUUUUAAUGACCUGAACAACCUACCUGGUGAAGUGGUCUCGGCCUUGAAAAAUAAACUGAAAAAGCAGUCGACAGCCACGGGCGACGGAGUGGCCAGAGCCUUCCUUCGGGCACAGGCAGCACUCUUUGGAUCCUACAGAGAUGCACUGAGAUACAGACCAGGAGAGCCUAUAACUUUUUGUGAGAAUAGUUUUGUGAAGCAUCGUUCCAGUACAACUAAACAGUUCCUGGAAACAGCUGUUAAUCUUCAACUGUUUAAACAGUUUAUUGAUGGUCGGCUAUCAAAAUUAAAUGCGGGAAGAGGAUUCUCUGAUGUUUUUGAAGAAGAAAUCACAGCAGGAGGCUUUUGUGGAGGAAAUUCAAGAUCUUAUCAACAGUGGAUGCACACAGUGAAGAAAGGCAGUGCACUGAUCAACACAGCAAUGACCAAAGCCACUCCGGCUGUGAAAACAGCAUAUAAAUUCGCAAAAAACCAGGCGAGGCAAGGAAUAAAAGAAGUGAAGAGUAAGUUAAAACACAAGGAGAGUGAGGAAGAGUAUGGAACUUGCAGUGCUGGUGCAGUGAGGACUGUUCCCGUCUACACAACGCAUUAUGACAAAAGAACAAGCUCAGAAAAACGGAGACUGGCACAGACUCGUUUCAACCAGCGCCUCAGUAACCAGGAUUUUGCCUUGGAUGAAGAUGAUGAUGAUGAAAUUGAGAGAACAAGCAAGUUAUCAUCAGAAGACAGUGAAGAAGCUUCUGCUUACUUUUAUGAUAGCGAUGGUUCUGGUGAAACUGGAAUAACUCAGCAUCAAGGAGAAAUGGACUUGCUUGGAGAGAUUCUGGACACGCUGAGCACACACAGUUCAGAUCAAGGAAAACUCUCAGGAGCAAAGAGCCUGGAUUUCUUUAGAUCAAUGGAUGACAUUGAUUACAAGGCUGCGAACAAGUCAAAUGCACCUAGUGAGAGCAACCUUACCCUGCUCUGCAGCAGUGCUAAUGACCAGGCAGAGUGGAACCUGGGCCAGGAUGACAGUGUCCUCCACGGGAAGCAGCUCCCCCCCUCCCCAAGGAAGCAAGUUUCUGCUGGUGGCCAGAGAGAAUCUCUCUCAAGCAUGGAAGAAGAAAAGAGUGGCAAAACCUUUACCACUGACAAGAUGGGCACCACUAGUUUGACAUCCCUAUCUCCAGUACGACCAAGUGCCCAAUUUACUUCCCUAGAAAGUUUCAAACCAGGCUUUUCUUCCUCUCAGUAUGCAAAGCCUAAUGAAACACUAAGCAAUACCUCAGAAGAUCAGCUCCCAGCAGGUCUUGCUCAACAGCCAUCCAUUCUGGUCCCUUGGGAGAAAGCUGGGAAGGAAGGAGAUGAAACUCCAGAAGAAGGUGGACUUCUUCAAGAAGUGGUGUCAUUAUGUAAACUGAAUUCUGCUUUUCACUAUGGUUUAAAUAUUUCAAAGGAUAGCUUAUCCAGCAGUAGCAGUGGAAAUAAAACGUAAGAAAAAUAUGAGAAGAGAAGCUUGACUCCCAUCAGAAGUUAAAGGGAGACUACUCAGGACUCCAUGUAACUCCAUAUAACAUGAUAACCAAAAAAAUGAAAAGAAAUAAGAGAUCUUCAGUUAUAAAAAUAAUUCUCUUCAGUUGAGUAUGCAUUUUCUGCCAUUGGACAUCCGCUUCUAUGUUUACUCAGUUUGUUUGUUGGCUGUAAUUAGGUCCACAAAAUGGAACUAAAUAUAUGAAUGCACUCUCAAAUCAGGUACUAGUUAGUCUCUGUGUUAAAAAUGCAGCAAGUGUAUGGUGCUUCCUAUCACUUGCUUCCUCUAAGCAGCAAGGGUCUUGCCUAAAGGUAGCCAGUUUUGAAGGUACUAUGUUAAUCCCAUUAACAUGAAAUGAACCAAGCAAUCUGAUUUGUCUGAAAUGUACAAAUGUUAAUAUUUGUAAUGAAUAAUAAUUGCCUUAAUCUUUUGAGAAGGGGUUUAACUGUCUUAGAAGAUGAAUCAAAUCUACAGAACAGCAAUAAUGAUUUUCCAUGGCAGGAAUUUGCUUCAGCAAAGGUGGGGGGCGGGAAGGAGACUUUUUUUAGAUUAAGGAAUUUCUUGUGACUAUAACUUGGAACUUACUCCAGACUAAAACUGUGGCUCUGUCUUCCAGACUUCAAAAAGGUAGCACGUGGUUUUCUCUCUUCUAUAAAGUACACGAAGUGCUGAAUUAUAAUGUGAUGUUUAUUGACUUCUGUUUACAACUAAGACACUUUAAAGACACAUUAUCAGUUUCCCUAGGUAGACUAAUUCACCUAAAAAUUCUCUUAAACGGAAAGUGUAAGUGAAAUUGAUAGAUUUCUAUUUUUUUUUUUUUAUUUUCUACAGUUUAAUAGUUGGAAAACUAAUUUUUGCCUAAUUUGUAACGCUAGAAAGCUAAAUUUACAGAUUCAGUUUGAGACUGCAUAUAUCCAACUCUCAUUUUAGCCAAGUUGGACAACCAGAAACUUCUAUCUAAAUUCUGUGAAGGAGAAUAAAUAGUCCUAAUGUAUCAUGGAUUUAGAACAAGUAUUUGCCCUCCUUCUGGCAGUGUUCCUAACACAUAUUUGGAUAUUGAAAUUCUGAAAAUUUUUAAUGCUCUGUGGAGCAGCUCUUUCAUUUUAAAAAUUGCCUUCAUAUUUUCUUUUUCCACCUUACCAUACAUACCUUAUCUCCAGAGUAUCUCAGGACAGAAAAGACAAUUAAUCAGUUUCAGCAGAUUGGAAUCAUCAGCUUUGAGGGAUAUUUGGGAUGAAGUUGGUAGAAAUAGCACACGGGUAUAAAAUGAAGCCUGCCUGAGAAGAAUGUUCUGCUGCUCUCCUAAGUCAUGAAACCCUUUUUCUUUCCCUGUUUGACAUGAAUGAUUUCUGCUAAUCUCAGCCUAGGCCUGAGUGAGCAUGUUCCUGGGGCAGGUAUUUGGAUCAGAUUGUGCUUUAGUAUCUUAAUAGUAGUUUGUAGCAGAGUUUCAUAUCAGUUGCCUCACUGAGAUUUAUUAAUUCCUUUUCCUUCUAGCUGACACAAAUGGAAAGGGUUUUUUAUGGCAGCUUUCUUACAAGGCAGCUGAACCUAAGGGAAUUGCUCCAUGUCAUGGCAGAGGCACUGUUUGGAACUUCACCAGAGAGGCUUAGCAGAGUGAGACCUGGGGUUUGUUAGUGCAAAGUUUCAUCUUGUUCCAGAAUGAGGAGGGCUGGGCCAGUCCUCCUUACCAAUGAGGAUGAGCCUCCAGAUUUUUUUUUUUUUUAAACAAAAGCUAAAAGGUUUUAGAAAUGCAAAUCUUGCAGAAAUAUUGGUAUCUGAUCAAGCAUGAACGUUUUGUUGGGCAUCUGCAUUGCUGCAGAAUCUGUGUUCCAGAGUUAGCAGUUGUACAUCCAAAGGUCUGUACUCCAAACUAUUUGUUUAUCCUUUGGUUUCCUCUUGUGUAUCAACAUGAUAUGUUGUGAACUUUUUAAAUAACAAAAAAUGUUACUUGACAAAAUAUUUUGCACUAUUAGAAAUAGAAAUUAUCAUAAAAGUAAUGAAAAUCUUCACUUUCAGCUUUCCAAGUGGAUCAGGCUCAUGUGCUGUUCAGAUGAUAAAGCUCCAGAGCAACCUGAUAGUUUCUUGUUUAAAGCUGGCAUUAAUGACUUGAGGGCAUUCUCUCUUUGUUCUCAUAGCACUUCUCACUCCUUCUCAUUCAUCUCCUUGCAUUUUGUGAUGAGAAUUUCAAGGUUCACCUUUUCUUUUCCUCUGCUCCUCACAUGAUGUUUCUAUCCAUGGUUCAAUCUUUUUUGCUUUGUUUCCUUCAUUUAUUAAAGAUAGUAAACAGUAUCAGUGUUUUAAGGAGGAAAAUAGAAAAAACCCAGAAGUUAUGGCAGUCAUUAUUUCAAAACCAUCAAACACCUAAGUCCAGGAAUGCUGCCAGAAGGUGGUUUUCAAAAAUGAUUAUGUAGUACAGGCAUAAAUCUUACUGGCUUUACAUGAGGGUUAGACACUGAACAAAUAAUCACAUAGGUUGUCCCAUUUUCAGCUUUGAGGAAUAGAUAUGGAAGCCAUGUGAGAGUGCCAGUAUUCUUAAGUUUUUAUAAGGAUUAUAAAAUGGAAGGUUUGAUAGUAAACUCCUUCAAAAUGCAGGCGUUGUAGUAAUAAUUCACUGCUUCAUGGAGUGCAAAUGCAGAAAACAAGUAAACAGAUUAAAUAAAAUAUGGUAAUAUUCAACUUAGAAUUAUUUUAAUUUCAGUCAAAAUGUUUCUGUGCUUAUGCUGCAUUGUUUCCUUGCUAUUUACAAAGCUCAUCAUUUGUUUACAAUCAUUAAAUAGUAUGUCUUUUUUUGGUUUUGAACCUUGUAUGGGUUCAGAAAUAGCUUAGUCUUAUAUAUAUGUUGAUUUUAACUGUAGGUACAUUUUUUACUCUGUAAUAUACAGAAUCUUUUCCACUUACUAUCAGUGAUCUUUUAAGAAGGCUAAUAUUUGUGCCUUAUUUAAAUAGAAUUGCCAGUUACCAAAUAGAUAAGAGUCCAAACUGAUAUUUCUGGUUCAACACUCUUGUUCUCUGUCCUUGUGAUAACAUAAAACUGUUUAUUGGCUACAUAUGCAGUAUUUUUAGUACCACAGUGGGUUCUAUAUUAAGAUAAAUUUUCCAGGUCCAGUACUUUGCAAGUUUUAUACUUGUAUGCUUUUUAUUUGUGGAAAUCCUUCUAGUGUCUUUGAAAAUCAUUAACAUUGAUCACCAGGUGCUGGUGAGAACUGAAUUAUUCUCAGUCAGAGCUCCUGAGGUCUUCUUCAGAGGCAUCUCUUUUCUUCAGAAUCUCAAAAAACUUCCCAUUUCUCCUGUUUAAGGGAGAUACCAGGUUAUUUGAUUAAGCUUUGUGGUCUAUUAUUUACACAUAGGAACAAAUUUCCAAUGUUGAAAGUCAAACCAGGAAUUGAAAUUAAUAUUUUUGAGUUUAUUUUGCAUAGAUGUCUGCCUAAAAUGAGCUGUAUCACUCCUCUGGUUUGGGAGGAAAGAGUAAGGGCAGUGGAAAGACAAAAGGAUUCCUGGGUUGUUCCAUGCAGUGUGGUGAAGCGGAGCCUGGAAGUCCACAGGAGAGAUAAUAGCUUUGAAGAAAUCCAGAUUUUAGUUCUAGCUCAGUUACAGUGAUUCCAGCUCAGUCACAUAGGUAAAAGAAAUAUUGCCUGUGGAGUUAACUCCCUGUGGGAUUGGCAGAAUGGAUGAUUUGUUGUCCCAGUCAAAGCCUUCCCAUUCAUGUGUAGAGAUGAAAGGAGGAAAACUGCAGAUUGCAGGGAAGGAGUGUGGAUGCAGAGGUGAUCCCUACCCACCCUCUAUGCAUGCAGAGGGCAGUCUGUGUAGAAUAGGCAGUGGUUUGCUCUUCCAUCUCACAUAUUUGGGCAUCAUGUAGUUCUGAAAAAUAGACUUGUUCUGAAGAAACAAAUGUAGUUGUAGAAGUUGUCCUAGAAGUUGUUGACUGAACCCUUCCUUGUCAUUUAGCAUUUCAGUGGUGCUGCUGCUCUUGGGGUGGGAUCAUCAGAAACACUUGACACUGGCUGAAGUCCCCUCUCAGGCAUUGCAACACAGACUUCAGGCAGAGUUUAAGACAAGUGCUGGGUGCUUCUGAAAAUCCCACCUGAUCUAUUAGAAGAGUGUUUUAGACCUUAAAAUUUUUGCUUUAGAUGUCUUUUCAGGUUUUAGGAUGAGCUAGUUUACAACCUCAUGUUCUUGUAACCAAUGUAAAGUCUAGGCAAAAGAACAGUUAAAUCAGGCAUUUAAAACAGCUUCUCUUUAUCCACCUACAGUCAAUAAUAUUCAAUUCUACAGAACAAUUUUUCGUUGGUGCAGCUGUCUAACAGAAUUGCUAGGAACAUCUAAAAUACUUUCUCUAUGCAUGUAAGUAAUCAAGGAAACAUUUCAUGCAAUAAUCAAGUGCCAGCAUGAAGCCCUUUUGCAAAUGCCCCAUAUAAUCCUGACUGUACCCUGUCCUGCAGGAAGACCCCCUAACCGUGGACUUCCCUGAUUCCUCAGGGACAGCUCAAGAGGAGCUUUAUUUCCAGGAAUUAGCAUCUUCUCCCCUGGCACCAGCCUCUAGUCCAGGUCCUGUGAGACUCUAGCCAGUGUAUCCCAACAGCCUGAAAUUUCGGGUUAGGCAAAUGUAGCUAAUGAACUGAAACAGCUUCCUUAUUGCAAAGCUCAGGAUGGUGAAGGCUGUCUGUUCCCAUGGUAUUGCAGUAAAUCUUUGAAGAAUGAAUGUAGAAAUAAUUGCACCAGCAAAACCAGUAUGAAUGGUGAUGUGACUUGUCUUCAGUAACUCUGCUGCUGCUAUUAGGCAUGUCUGUCUCUGCCAGGGUUGUUUACUUGUUAGCAGAAUCUGAGCUGACCAGAACGUGUCCUCAUCUUCACCCCAGGAGCAUGGACCACAGCUGGCCUGGAAUCCAUGAUCCUCAGGGUGGUGAACAUAAAGGAAUGGAAAGGGAUGAUGGGGUUUGUUUGUGCAAAGCCUCCUUUGAUCCGUUUUGCAAUAUCUGUUCCACAGUUUCAGUCAGUGGCGAGUUGAAAGUCCUUGACAGGCCUUUCUGAAAGCUGCUUCACUUCUUCUUUUAGAGUUUCCUGGUGAGUCCACAGCCACCUUGGUCUAGAGGCCCAUCCACAGCCCACAGGGUUGGCAGGGCCAUUUGGGUUGGAGUAUGAAGCAGGUAACACAGCUGGAAGUUACUCCAAGGUGUACUGUAGCAAAGGGUACUCAAUUAAAUUGUACUAUUACUUAGGUCACUACUAAUGACACUUGUAUUUAGAAUCCAGUAACAGUAUUAGCAUUUGGAAAAUAAGUUGAGUUUAAGUAUGUUGACAUUUAUUAUGAUUCUGUGUGAAUUAACAUUCUUUAUGUUAAAAAUAGGGGAGAAACUUGGUUGGCAGGGGGAAAUGUGUUGACUUUCAAAUCUUCAGUGAAUUUUGUGCAAUAUGUCUCUUUGUUUCAAAGUAAUUUAGUAAUGCACAUCUGCUUUCAAGCAGAUCCAUGAAAUUGUAUUUUUCAGAAAUGUGUAAAAUUACAUGUAGCUUUGAAAUAUGGUUGUAUGAUAAAAACAUGAAGAAAUAUAUUCUAAUGAGGCAAAUGUAUAUUUCUAGUGACUGGAAGUGGUUAUGGAUGUCACAUUCUGAUAAUAAGGCCUAAUCCAGUACUUACAUACCAGUAGUUCCAGGUAACUCUUAAAAGUAAAAUUUGGUAAAUUGAAGUAAGCUUAACUAUUAGAAUUUAUCAUGUUUAGUUUAUGCUUUGGUCACUUGUUUAACCUGGAUAAAAAGUUGAGGUGUUAGGCACUGCUUUUCAGUACCAGCAGUGAGGUGAGAGUUCAUAGCAAUGGCCACAAGAAUUUGGUUUGUGACAUCCCUAAUUAUCAUAAGUCAUUACUUAAAACAUCAACUAAUGUUGCCAGUAUCCUUUUAAGUUUUUGUAAAUUAAUGUCUUUGUAUAUUGAUGUACAUUUUCUUUUAACCUUUGUUUUUUCCUUGAGACCUUCUUUAAAUUAAUAUACUUGAAUGAGGCAAUAAAGCACUGUGGAAGAGCUAAUCUUGAUGCAGGUUGCACACAAGCACAUCACGUCUGUUACUUCAUGAUUCUUGAGGAGGAAGAGCAAUUUAAAAUGCUUAGAUGUUUGGCAAACUGUCAGUUUGUGUUUGUUAAUUUUAAAUCUGUGUCAGAUAUGAUGAGAAAUGCCUCAACAUGGAACAAAGCAGCAUCAUGUAUCUUUAUGCUUCUAAUUUGUUUUUUUUUAAUAAUUUUUUUUUGUGACCCUUGAAAACCAUUCCAAAUAAUGUCCUUUACUGUGAGCCUUUAAUACUUUAAAGAGAGGCAUAAGUUUUAUUGAUGAUUGUGAGAUUAAAAAAACUCACCAAACAACCAGCAUUGUCCUUACAGUUUAAAAAAUUUAGUUAGUUACUGACCUUUUAACAAAACUAGAGCCAAAUUUACUCCAUGCUUUUGCACCUUCUGGACUACUGUUCAAAGUCAUCUUGAGAACUGUAAUUCUGACCUUAGACUACUGUUAGUAGUGCACUGUCUAGAUGUAGUAAGUGAGCUGUGAUGUGUGGUGUGGUUUGUUUUUUUCUUUUCCUUCCAAAGUUUGUGGCAUCGGUAGAAGUUUUUGGUGAAUUCCACAUUACCAUUAAGUGCCCAACACUGUACUAUAAAAUAAAAUUUAACAGUAUCAAAAUUGCUUGGGUGAUGCAGGUUCUUGUUUGAUGGGUUGAUCUGAGCAGCAUUUUCAUGCUUAUCAGGCAUAAAGAUUAAAAUUAUCUUGUAUUAUG